AUGGCGGACAAAACUGACAUCGAUGCGGUCGCAUACCGCGCGACGGAUACUGAGAAUAGCAUCAAGAAGACGAGCAGCCCAAUCGAUGGGGUUAAGGAUCCAUUUGAGGCGCCGUUGAAGCGCCAGCUUAAGUCGAGGCAUUUGCAGAUGAUCGCGAUCGGGGGUAUCAUUGGACCUGGAUUGUUGGUUAGCUCUGGAAAUGCUCUCCAUGAAGGAGGUCCUGCUGGUGCCUUGAUCAGUUUCCUCCUGGUUGGAUUCAGUGUCUUUUUUGUCAUGCAAUCUUUGGGCGAAAUGGCUACCCUCAUUCCUGUCACCGGUUCUUUCAUCGAAUAUGCCGAGCGUUUCAUCGACGAUUCUCUCGCGUUUGCAUUGGGCUGGGCAUACUGGUGGCUAUGGGUGACGGUCCUCGCCAACGAGUACAACUCGAUUUCUCUCGUUAUUGGAUAUUGGACUGAGGCCGUACCGCAAUGGGGCUGGAUCCUCAUCUUCUGGGCACUGUUCCUUGGACUUUCGAACUUAGGAAUUCUUGCAUACGGAGAGAUGGAAUUCUGGCUUUCACUGAUCAAGGUGAUAGCACUGAUAGUGUUUUUCAUUCUUGCUAUUAUCAUCAGUUCCGGCGGUAUUGGCCCUGAGCCUAUUGGUUUUAAGUACUGGCAUCAACCGGGUGCUUUUGCAGAUUCGAUCAAUGGUGUUGCGAAGACAUUUGUCGUUGCCGGAACACUCUACGCUGGAACCGAAAUGGUCGGAAUCACCGCUGGAGAGUCAGCGAAUCCUCGCAAGGCUGUUCCGCGGGCCAUCCAGCAAGUUUUUUGGCGAAUUUUAAUAUUCUACAUUGGCACCAUAUUUUUCAUCGGAAUCCUCAUGCCAUACAAUGACAAGAGACUUCUUGGCGAUACAUCAAAAACCGCCAGUUCGCCUUUAACAAUCGCCCUUGCAGACGCUGGGAUUCUCCCCGCUGCACACCUCAUCAACGCUCUCAUCGUCAUCAGUGUGAUCUCCGCAGGCAACAGUUCUUUAUACGUCGCAUCGCGAACGCUACUCUACAUGUCCCGCAACGAAAAGGCACCCAAAUUUAUUGGACGUGCGAACAAGGCCGGGGUUCCUUGGGUUGGCCUCAUCUUCACCAAUGUCUUCGCCUGUAUUGUCUUCUUGGGCCAGUCAUCCAGUGCAGGCAAGGUCUAUUCGGCCCUCAUCACUCUGUCUGGAGUCGCGACAUUUUUGGUCUGGUCCGUCAUUGGAAUCUGCCACAUCCGCUUCCGCAAAGCGCUCGUCGCACAGGGCGAGGAUCCUGCGAAACUCCCUUUCCGCGCUGCAUUUUACCCCUGGGGAACUUAUUUCUCUCUGGGCCUGAAUGUAUUUCUCGUCUUUUUCCAAGGGUAUACCUGUUUUCUCAAGCCAUUCAGCCCUGACGACUUUGUGAUUAACUACAUCCUAUUACCGGUGUUCGCCUUGUUCAUUAUCAUCUACAAAUUCUGGAAGAAGACAAAGUGGGUCAAAUUGGAGGAAAUGGAUAUUCAGACCGGCAGAAGGGAAUUUGCCGAGGAGGAAGAACCACCCAAGGAAACAGGGCAUUGGUGGACGCGUCUUCGGGAUGUUGUUGUCGGCUAG